CUGGCCGCGGGGGCGGCGCGCUCGGUCUACGCGUCUGGGGCCCCGCGGGGCCGGGCCCGGAGUCGGCAUGAAUCGCUGCUGGGCGCUCUUCCUGUCUCUCUGCUGCUACCUGCGUCUGGUCAGCGCCGAGGGGGACCCCAUUCCUGAGGAACUCUAUGAGAUGCUGAGUGAACACUCCAUCCGCUCCUUCGAUGACCUCCAGCGCCUGCUGCACGGAGACUCCGUAGAUGAAGAUGUACCCAUGAACAUGACCCGGCUGCACUCUGGAGACGAGCCUGAAAGUUCAUCUCGUGGAAGGAGGAGCCUGGGUUCUCUGACGGCCGCUGAGCCAGCCAUGAUCGCCGAGUGCAAGACGCGCACCGAGGUGUUCGAGAUCUCCCGGCGCCUCAUCGACCGCACCAACGCCAACUUCCUGGUGUGGCCGCCGUGCGUGGAGGUGCAGCGCUGCUCCGGCUGCUGCAACAACCGCAACGUGCAGUGCCGCCCCACGCAGGUGCAGCUGCGACCAGUGCAGGUGAGGAAGAUUGAGAUCGUGCGGAAGAAGCCAACCUUUAAGAAGGCCACAGUGACCCUGGAGGACCACCUGGCAUGCAAGUGUGAGACAGUGGUACCUGCCCGGCCUGUGACCCGCAGCCCUGGCAGUGGGUCCCAAGAACAGCGAGCAGCCAGGACACCCCAAACUCGGGUGGCCAUUAGGACGGUGCGAGUCCGCCGGCCCCCCAAAGGGAAGCACCGGAAGUUCAAGCACACCCAUGACAAGACGGCACUUACGGAGGCUCUGGGGGCUUAGGCAUCGGCAGAGAGUGUGGGCAGGGUUAUUUAAUAUGGUAUUUGCUGUAUUGCCCCCAUGGGGUUGGAGUGAUAACAUUGUCCCCUCAUCCGUCUGUCUCGAUGCCUGAUUCGGACGGCCAGUGGUGCUUGCCCCACCCCCACAUGUCCGGCCACCCCCCGCCUGCGGCUUCCCCGUGGCCUCGGGGCCUGCCCAGCAGCUGCAGAAGGAAUCGAAGGACCGAACACACCGCUUCUUCCUUCCUUGGCCACAGGAAUCUGGGACAAGAGUAUAAGAAACUGACGUGGACAGGGUCCCCUGACGCCAGGCCCAGCCACACCCAGCGCUGUGCACAUUUCUCUGAGGACCUCGGCACAGCCUGCCUGGUGCCUGGACCCCUGGCCAAUCCGAGGGGACAGCUUCAGGCAGGCUGGGUACCUUUGCUUGUACCCCUGUGGCUGAGACCAUGUGGGGAGCACAGACUGGAGAACCCAGGCCCUCCACCUGUUCCCAUCACCUCUGCUCACAGUGGCUUCCUUCCAUCUUACAUGUAUGAAAUCUUCAAAGACGUGGACUCCUCACUGUCUGCCGGGUUAGAGGUGCAGUUUGCUCUAAUUGGCAACCUGGGUAUCCCCAGCCUCAUCUCACCUCCUCAGCCCAUUCACUUCCUCCUGUUUUCUUCCAUUUCUCUACCUCUACCCUGAGUCUUCCCCUUGUUCUGGCCCUGCAGUCUGUUCCACCAUGGGGUUCUUGGACCCCUGAUGGAGGCCCCAAAUGACUCCAGUCACUCUUUCUUAGGGGUAGACUUGUCCACCAUAUUUCAUCCCAGCCAAGACUGCCACGUAAGGUUGUGCAGGGUGUGCACUGCACAAGAGCACUGCAUACAGGGAGCGUUGCUCUUACCCUAGAUAGAACUGAUUUGUCUAUUUAUUAUGACCAUUUCUGGCAGAUGUAGGUCGUGUCUGAGGAAAGGAUUUUUGUCCUAUUGCACACAAAGCUGUGUGUGGACUGGCGGUGCCUGACCCAGCCUGUGGCGUGGAGUGGUCAGACGGGAGCCGGUGGUGGUGGUGUAGGGGAGGAGGUAACACUGUUGCUCAUCGCCUCCACCUCCUGGUCCUCAGCUCCAGCUGUCCCCUUGCUGGCAGGUGUGAGAAGCCAGGAGAAGGCCUCUAAGGGGAGGAGGGCAGCCCUCCCGCCCUCCCC